GUGAAGUAACAGAAAGCGCAGUUACAGUGGGGCAACAGUCCAAAAUUAUGCAUGUUUCUGGCUCUUUGGAGCGUUUUCUAAUAAUAAUGCUACCAAGUAAUGAUUUCAAAGAGCAUAUUUGUUUUUCUGCAUAAACAAGUAUUCUGCAAAAUCUACUCUCCAAAUAUUCACUAGUAUAUACUAUAUUUAAAAAGUUUUCAAAUCUUCUAUUAGUAGUUCGUAUAAAUCCCUCACUGGUUCCCAAUAAUACUAGCACUGAUCUGUGAGACUCUGACCAUCUUAACUACUACCCUCUGAUUAAAGAUCCGAAGAGAAAAGAUAGAAUAUGGUAUCUGAAGGAAAUGCAGAUAGAAAAUGGAGUGAGAAGAAAACGGAAAAAGAAGAUGGUUUGAGGACAGUGGAAUGUCUAAGAGGAAGAUUACUUGCAGAGAGGGUUGCUUCAAGAAAAGCAAAAGAGGAUACUGAGCUUAUUGGAAACAAGUUGACUAAGCUGGAGAAUAAGUUGAGAGAAGAGACUAGAUCAAGAAACAAAGCUGAGAAGAAGCUCAAUUUUGUUAUGAAGAAGCUCGAGUCAUUGAAUAUAUCUUAUGUUUCAGAUGAAUCAGAGCACUCUAGCUUGUUUGAGAGAAGUGAAAUUUCAUCUGUAACAUCCACAAGUGUUAGCAGCACCAAACUCUCUGAAGAUAAAGAGCAAAAUUCUCAAUUUACAGGUUCUAUGGUCAGUGAGUUUGUAGAGUCAAUUGGUAGUAGAAAAUGUAGCUCUGAAUAUCUUGAGGAUCAUUCUCCAGAGCUCAUAUCCCAAAAAUGUGAGAAACAGGAGCCAAUUGAGAAGGAGAUAUCUCAAGAAAACUCAAUCAACUUAGAGCAAAAUGUCACACAAAUGGCUAUUUUUAGCAAAGAAAAUGACAGUCAUUCUAAGGGUGAACAAGAUCUUGGAAAAUCAAGAGAGCUUCAAAUCUCAAAUUCAGAUGUCAAUAGCUCAAAAUCUUCACUCAAAGAGCAACGGAAAAUUGGAGAAGAUGAAACAGAUCAGCAAGAGGAGAACGUUGAUAACUCUUUGGCAUUAGUUCCUAUAGAUUUGCCAAAGCCAAAGGAAACCAUUGAUCCAGUUGUUCUUGACACUACUGUGAGAGAAGUUCUUGAUGCACUAAGGCAUGCUAAAGAGAAACUUCAAACUCAGAUGGAGAGAAGAAGUAUGAUUAAAGUUGGCUAAUUUAUAUGACAGUUCAUUUAUGGCUUAAUUAGUAGAUGCCUAGUUGACAUUAGAAUUCUAAUUAUGCCCCAUUUUACCACAUUGGAGUAACAUUCUACUUGUUAAGCAUGCAUGUAUGUUAAUCAAGAUUUGAGGUGGUUGAGGUUUAUUGUAGAGAUGGAUAUAUAGUACUAUAGAUAACGAAGCAUCAAGCCUGAUGAUAUCAUAUUAUGUAUGGUUAACAGUCCUGUAUCACUCUUCGUCGAAAAACUAUAUUGUGUAUGGAUAAAAUAUUACUUUAUUGAUAAAAAAAAAUA